AUGGCUCGAUCGGAUGAUAUACAAACAGAUGUCCCUGGUACAGUCUACUUGGUUGAUACAUCUCAUAAUCUACAAGAUGCUGCUCGCGCCGGCCAACAGGACAUCCUUCUAAUCCCACAGCCUUCAAACUCGCUGGCAGAUCCUCUAAACUGGAAACGCCUCAAGAAGUGCUGGUCACUAUUCCUAAUCUCCUUCUACGCCUGUGUAUUCUCAUUCGGCGAAAAUAACUGGGGAGCAAGCUGGACAGUGAUAUCAUCCGAGACAGGCGUCAGUCUAAACAACAUGAACGGCGGCUCUGCUCUGAAUUAUCUACUUCUUGGAUUCUUCAAUAUCAUCUGGAUCCCCUCGGCAAUGAAGUUCGGUCGAAAGAUUGUUUACAUUUUGAGUUUGCUUAUCCUUCUUGGUGGCAGUGUUUGGGGUGGAUUUUAUACGGGCACUACGCAAUACUAUAUCAUGCUGGCUAUCCAGGGGGUUGGUACUGCUGCGUACCAAGCGCUGAUUCAACUUACUAUAUUCGAUAUGUUCUUCGCCCACGAGCGUGGUCGGAUGGUGUCAAUUUACAUCUUCUUUCAACAACUCGGUUCAAUCCUCGGCUUGAUCUUGGGAGGAUAUAUCUCCGAUGGGAUUGGUUGGCGAUGGAGCUCGCCUAUUGUAGCGAUUGCAUGCGGCAUCUUGAUUCUACUAUUCAUCUUCACAUUCGACGACACCAUGUUCCCACGAUAUCGAUUCAACAGCGCCUUACAUAUCGGACUAACUGUCUCAGACGCACCUAAAGAAGAACAGAAUAAGUCCGACAAACACCCCAGAUCGGAGUCGCCUGUCUCUACAGCGACAAGUGAGGAUUCCCACGAACAGAUCCCAGCUCGGAGCUACCGGCAAAAAGUCGCGUUAGUGCACUAUUUCCCAGACGAUAAAACAACCUGGCUACAAUAUUUCCGACGACCAUUCUACCUUUUCGCCUUCCCCAACAUUGUCCUCGCCGGUAUCCAAUUUGCAUUCGGAUGCACAGCAGGCAUAGUAUCCUUCAAUACCAUCUCCGAGAUUAUGACCGAAGCACCAUAUAACUGGAGUGCCGGGUCGACCGGGUUGAUAUUCCUUGCUGCUCUGGUUGGGAACUUCCUAGGGAUGGGCGUCGGCUCCCUUUCUGAUUGGAUUGUUCUAGUUCUAGCACGCCGAAACAAGGGAUAUAAAGAGCCCGAGAUGCGCCUGUGGGCUUAUAUAUUCCCUUUCAUUUUCGGUGCUGUGGGAUACUUUACUUAUGGGUGGGCUGCGACAUAUGGCGAGCAUUGGAUGGCCAUUGCGGUGGGGUUGUGUUGCUUGAUUGCUCAACAGGUUUCUGUGACGAGUUUGGCGACGACUUAUGCUAUGGAAUGUUUCGAUGGGAUCUCUGGUGAACUCGUCGUAGUAUUGGCUAUCUGCUCCUCGUUGAUUAACUUCGCUAUUUCUUUUUCCGUGCAGCCCUUUAUUGAUGCGACUAAUUACGGAUGGACGUUUACCUGCUUUGGCAUACUGGUUGUCCUGUCUGUGUUGAUGGGCGUUCCUAUGAUUAUUUGGGGGAAGACAUGGCGUCGAAAGUCCCUUUGA